AUGUUUGUGGCAGUGGUCGACAUCUCGUGGCCGCCAAAAUCGCCUAGAGAGGUGCUUCUGACCUCUCCGAACGGUCGGAGGAAGUAUCAGGAUAUGCAGCGUCGCCAGGAGACUCUCGGAUCGCCUCCGAGACAGGCGAAAACUACACCAAACCUACGCGCGAACAGGAUACUCAGUGACGGGAUGGACGAGCUGGACGAUGAAGAGGAUGAGGAUGAGGAGACACUACAACUCAAACUUGCUGCGAUCGAGGCGCGGCUCAAAUUGAAACAACUGCAGAAGAGUCGCGGACGGUCAAACACCCUCGAAUCCAACGAUACGUCGUCCCGGCCUGCUUCAGCAGUGAGCUGCUAUUCGCGAACACAAGAACAUGCAUCGAGACUCAAAAGUCCCCCUCCAUCAACCGGCAGAUACGAGCCUGAAGAUGUACAGGUGCCCCUGUCACCCGUCAGACGAGCGGCUCCCCAGGCCGAUCCUGCAUCCCCGCGGAGAUAUCUUUUGGGUAUUGACAAGGGUCUCAAAGGCAGCGAUGUGUCGCUCAAGCGUCCGCCGAGCUCGCGCGUGGUCGCGCGACCAACGAGUAUGAACGGCGGUCGUGAGGCUGCCAUGUCUCAUCCUGGUGAUAUCUUCGCAUCGCAUGCUCGAACGCUGGCUGCGGAGGAUGGUGCGAAACGGGGCAAGACAUUCAGUGAGCGAAUCGCCGACAGUCGAUUGGCCGAUAGAUCUCGCAGGGAGCGAGAGCACAGGCUCCAGGUCAAUCGAAGCUCGGCGUUCCACGUCGAUCAGACAGAGAUGGAGGCGUUCAAGGCGGCGGCGGCUGAAGCAAGGACGAACUCUCCUCCAAAGUCGCCAGUUAGAAGCCGCCAAACCCAGAGUUUCAGCCGAGAUGACGUGAUGCGAUCCUUUCAUGAUCUUAAGCCAUCCUUGAAACGAAGUCAAACCGCUUCUACUGUGCGUAGAGAUGGAGAGACGGAAGGAUCACGGUCACACCUCCAUAGACGGCCCACUAAGUCCGAGUCUCAUCCAGUGCCCUCUUCAUCUCUGCCAAACUCAUUUUCAGAGCUCGAUCAUGGAUCCCAAGAAGAUGCUGCAGAGAGGGCGCCCGACUCGACCAAAUUCGAGCCUUACUCCUCGCUACAUUUAUCGAACCGGAUACUACCGCACUCAUUCCUAACUAGAACCCUCUCCGAUAAAAAAGUCCUUCGCAUUCCCGAUCUGUUGCGAACAGUGAGGGCGCCUGAUUUUGAGCUUCCCGAGGACAUUGACGGGGACUACAUUGUCUUUGGCAUUGUUGCCUCAAAGUCCGAGCCGAAGCAAGUUAAGGGUUCCAAAAAUGUUUCCGGAAAAGAAGUUGAUCCCUUUGACGACGGAUUGAACAACAGCAGUAGAUACAUGGCUAUCACUCUCACGGAUCUCAAGUGGACGGUUGACCUGUUUCUCUUUGACACGGCCUUCCCUCGCUACUACAGACUGUCCGAAGGCAUUCUGAUUGCCAUCCUGAACCCCACGAUCAUGCCACCGCCCAAAAACAAGACGGACACUGGCAGAUUUAGCCUUUCCUUGUCGUCAUCUGAUGAUAAAAUCCUCGAGGUUGGGUAUGCUCAGGACAUCGGUUUCUGCAAGGCCGUGAGGAAGGAUGGCAAGACCUGUCAAUCGUGGGUGGAUGGCCGUAAGACUGAAUUCUGUGACUUCCAUAUCGACGUGCAAGUCCGCCGCACGCAAUCGCAACGAAUGGGAGUCAAUAACGGGACAGGCAUGUUCGGACCCGGUGGUCGUUCAGGCCCGCGCACGGGAUUUUUUGGUGAUCAGGGAAAGAAGGGAGGAAAUAGAACCGGGCUAAAGCCGGUCGGCGCUCAAUAUGACUUCCAAUCCCAAUCCCUAUACUACAUCGCGCCCGCGCCAAAGUCCAGAGGCGGCGGCGCCCAUUCAUUUCAUCCCCGAGUCCCCGGACAAUCCGCCGCUGGCCUAAUCGACGCCGACACCGACGACCCUUUCAUCGCCGCAGGCAUGAUGGGCCGCGGGGCCGAGAACAAGGAGGAACGCUUCCGAAGACGCCUCGUGGAGCAACAGCGCGAACGAGAAAUCACGCAGAAACUGGUGACGGGCCGAGCUGGCGGCGUGGGCGCAGAGUACCUACGUGCGCGGUCGACAAAGCCUGCCACAUCCUCCCGGCCCGAGACCGCCCCCUCGUCCUCCCAGGAGAAGUCGAGCUUCGAGUCCGCGACACCCCGCUCCGCCAAUAGUCUUGGGCUGAUGGGCUUCAGACGCGCAGAUGCGGUGAAGCUCAGCCCGCUGAAGCGCGCCUAUGACCGGCCGCACGGCAGCGGCGUCAAGAAAACCCGCUUCAUCACUUCCAAGGGCAUCAAGGAAGCUGGUCGGGAUAGCCUGGGCGGCAAAUCCGACGCCACGGCCAACACUUAUGACGACGACGACGACGAUGAUGAACUAGACAUCAUCCCAUAA